UUAUUUAUGCUGAAUUAAAAAAGUGUUUUAAAAAAGUCAACUUAGAAUUAAUUUAUAUUAUAUUAUUUUGUUGUUAGAUGGGGCAAGUCAAUAAAACCGAUUUUAAAGACGAAUAACUAAGAAAUUAGUAUUCGUUAACAUAUCAUAUGGAUCCUGUACACUUAAACUGGAUCGGAGAUUAAACCCAUAAGAAGUUUCCUAAAAUAGAGUUAAUACCUAUUUCUAAAUAAAACAAUGAGCACGCGUUAAAGAACUUUUGUAAAAACCUUUUGGUGUUUGCCCAAUUGUUUCUUUUCAUGAGAUUUUGAACGCAAUUAUCACGCAGGCAUUUGUGUCAAUAUUUAAUAUUCCAAGAAGGGAAAGUAUAAAACUGAGAAAUUCUGUUACCAACUUAUCACAGUUUAAUCAAAGCUUUAAAGAUGAAGUUCUUCGCCAUCCUUGUCCUCCUGUGCGCAAUCCUUGGAUUUGCUAUGGCCGCAUCCAGCACGUCAACGACGGAGGCUUCAGACACUACUCAGAGUCCUUCAAAAUCUCCUUGUGGUGGACCCUGCGGCAAGAAAUUGUACUUCUUCUACAAAUAAGAACUCAAGUCUUAGCAAAACACAAAUAAACAAAUUUGAAUACUA